CUUGACUGUGGAGGAGGGAGGGAGUACGUGAAGCUGCUAGAGAAAUAUAAUUACAACAGAAUGCACAGUCACAGUACAAGGCAUAAGGCACUCUUCAACAUCCCUCAUGUCAGUCUCACUAUGCAAAAACGCUAUGCACAUAAAGGGCCCGAAGAUCUGGAACUCUACCGGAACAGGUAAUGCUCAAGAGAUCAACUUACUAUAAAGCUUCAAGCUCAAGAGAGUGAACCACACUUCUGCACACAGUACGAAUUUAGGGUUUGAAACAAGACAAUCAGCUGUACAAAUUUUUAUUUUUUAUAUCUGACUACAGUAUAAAACCAGUUCUUAUAACACAGUGAAAUGCAAGCUUUUAGAGCUGUACGCAUGGCCGUGGCCAAACGACCCAUUGUUGGCAAUGUCAUUGUGUAUGGACUCUUGUACACCGGUGCAGAGUUCUUUCAGCAGACUAUAAACAACAAAGUUAUGAUUCCAGCAGGCUCUACCCCGAAGCCAUACGACACAGGAACGCUAGCUCGUUAUGGCAUCAUGGGAACCUGUGUAUUUCCUCACACACUCUACCAUGCGUACAAAUACUUAGACUCAAAGUUUGUGGGCAAGAGUUUGCGGAUGGUGCUUCCAAAACUGGCAGCAGAUGCCUUGGUUAUUACCCCGGUUAAUCUUACCUUGUUCUAUGUUGGUAUGAGUGCAUUAGAAGGAAAAGAUGAUUGGCUAGAAGAAUGGAGGAAAAAGAUCAUCCCUACAUUUGUGACAGCUAGUGUAUUCUGGGUUCCAGUAUCACUGAUCAACUUCAGAUUCCUUCCCCCUCAAGCACGUGUAGUGUUUGUUGGAACAUGCCAAGUCAUCUGGGUGUCAAUACUCUGUUGGUUCAAGAGGCAAAAAUACUGAACUCAUUCAAGUGUCAAGUAUAGUACAAGACAUUCUUUUUCUAGGAGGGAUGAGUAGUUAUGAAAGUUCAGAGUUGCUUAUGGCAUGAAACUCACUUUCCCACUAUUUUGUUUUGUAAUUUAGAAGUAUUACCCCUUGGAUAUCACUUUUGUGGGUGAAUGUAUAGUUUUGUUUACAGUAUCACAACUAGGAUGUUUUUUAUUCCUCAGGCUUAUAGAGUACUGCUAGUCAAUUUCAGUGCAUUGUUGAUUCUAGUAUGAAGUUUAAGUGAAUAAUGAAGCAUUUUUAACUUAAAUUUUUUUAAACACUGAUCAUCUCUCACCAAGGUGGGUGCAUAAUAAAUAUUUACUGCUGCUCAGGGAACUGAAUGCGAUAUAUAUUUAAAAUUCUAGCUGGCUUAAAUUUUAUUAGCAAUAAACCUCUUGGUUUUGUGCUAAAUUUAUAUCUGGUACAUCUUUGCAUGGUUUGUUACCAAUAAAGGAGGUUGCUUAGUAACCUUGUAGUGAACAUUGUGAGAGAAUGAUGUUUUGCAGAUAAAACUAGUAAUAUUGUCAGUAAUGCUUGAGGUAGCAGCCAGAGUAAUACAGUACUAACCACAGUGAUAUGGUACUGGUCACACUUGUCAUAAAGAUAGUAUAUAUAUACUAACCUGUAAAUAAAGUACAAGUAUAUAUAAAAGGAGUAGAAGCAUGUCUUGACUCUGUGGGAAAUGCUUGCCAUGACAGUAUACCUUACUAAGUAAGAAACAUUGCUGCUUAUACCAAGCAGCAGUGAAAGUGAUAUCAGUGGUGAUCAUAUGUACAGCAUUUGUUAUAGUCUGACCAAGACUACAAAGAUAAUUGUGUGUAAAAUGAACAGAAACAUGCCAGAGCCCUCCCUGUGUUCAUUAUUUUUUGAUAGAAGUGUUUAUACUAACCUGUUGCAAAUGUUAAUCAUGGCAUAUGAACAUGUUGGAAACUAAUCAGAUAAAAUAGCAUAUAACAACAUACUGGAAAUGUUAAUCACAUAGCUUACACAUAUAUAUUAGAAUGUUGCAAAUGUGAUUAACUUUGCAACACAUUAUUGUAAUUUCACAGCAAUGAAACUUUAGUUUCAAUGUUGCCUUUGUUCAGGGAGCAGCACACACUGAAACACAUGUAACAUGAUAAUCAACUUAAAACUAUAUUUAGUGUAAAUAGUUUAUUGCUUCUCUAGGAAAAAAGUGACUAUUAUUUUUAGGAUAAGUUAAGUACAGUUGAGCACCUCGAGCAAAAAUUUAUUAUCCGACAUCAUUCUCUAGUGCAAAUGGGUAGCCCUUUUAUAUUUUGGAAUUCUGUCUUUAAAAUAAAAGUUAGGGCAUAAAAUGAAAAUAUGGAGAAGCAUCUGGAAGAGUGGUUGGAAAUUUGUGAACUUAUUACAUAAUGUGUCUUCUCAGGAUGGCAUAUCUACAUCUAUUUUUCAUGCUGAUGGAUCAGGUGAGUGUGACAAAGAAAAUAUAUGAAAGGGCCUGCCAGCACCAGUAUUCUGAAGGCAAUCAGCUCAGAUGGAUAGACCCUAGUGUGAUGGUUAGUUAUAUGUACACUACUAAAUUUUACACUAUGAAAUAAAAAAAUGCAGUUCAGUUUCAACUACAGAAUAUGGAACUACACCUUGUAUUACUGGACAGGUAAACACCAUCAGAAAGCCUGUACUAUAUGGACACCAGCAGCACCUUGUCCCCCAUGGCAUGUUCCAGAACACACUUGUCCAAGAGCAAAUUCUUGGAGCACAGGUCUCAACACUUAUGUCCCAGAGCAAGGUAUCAGCACUUACCAUAUUUUAGUGUCAAAGAUGCUAUUUUUUUUUCCCCAAAUAAGUCUUGAAAAUUUACCCAGUGUCUUGGAAGCCGAAGGUUACAUAAGAAGGAGCACUACAGCAGGCCUAUUGACUCUGCUAGGCAGGUCUAGGCCACACCUGCAUUGUUCAGAGGCCUCAACCUAAGCCUAGAGGAGUUUUUCGAUACUAAAUUGUAAUCUAAGCUCCUGUAUAUGAACCAACUAUUUUGUGUAAAAUAAUGAAUAAAUAAAAAUAAUCGUAAAGGUAUGGCCACCCCACCCACACAUAAUAUAUACAUUAAAAGCGCCCUAGAGCAAUAGAAUGCAUAUACAGUACACUCAUUACUUGCCUUAAAAUGUGUGUUUACCUGGAGAGAGUUCCGGGGGUCAGCGACCCCCGGCCUGGUCUGUGACGAGGCCACCUGGUGGAUCAGAGCCUGAUCAACCAGGCUGUUAAUGCUGGCUGCACGCAAUCCAACGUACGAGCCACAGCCCGGCUGGUCAGGUACCGACUUUUGGUGCUUGUCCAGUGCCUGCUUGAAGACAGCCAGGGGUCUAUUGGUAAUCCCCCUUAUGCAUGCUGGGAGGCAGUUGAACAGUCUCGGGCCCCUGACACUUAUUGUAUUGUCUCUUAACGUGCUAGUGACACCCCUGCUUUUCAUUGGGGGGGACGUUACAUCAUCUACCGAGUCUUUUGCUUUCGUUGUUAGUGAUUUUCGUGUGCAAGUUUGGAUUUUCCAGGUGUAUACUAUAAUCAUGUAUCUCUCCCGCCUGCGUUCCAGGGAGUACAGGUUCAGGAACUUCAAGUGCUCCCAGUAAUUAAGGUGUUUUAUCUCUGUUAUGCGUGCCGUGAAGGUUCUCUGUACAUUUUCUAGGUCAGCAAUUCCGCCUGCCUUGAAAGGUGCUGUUAGUGUGCAGCAAUAUUCCAGCCUAGAUAGAACAAGUGACCUGAAGAGUGUCAUCAUGGGCUUGGCAUCUCUAGUUUUGAAGGUUCUCAUUAUCCAUCCUGUCAUUUUUCUAGCAGAUGCGAUUGAUACUAUGUUAUGGUCCUUGAAGGUGAGAUCCUCUGACAUGAUCACUCCCAGGUCUCUGAUGUUGGUUUUUUGCUCUGUUUUGUGGAAGGAGUUUGUUUUGUACUCUGAUGAAGCUUUAAUUUCCUCAUGUUUACCAUAUCGGAGUACGUAAUUGAAAUUUCUCAUCGUUGAACUUCAUGUUGUUUUCUGUAGCCCACUGAAAGAUUUGGUUGAUGCCUGUCUGGAGCCUUGCAGUGCCUGCAAUGGAAGACACUGUCAUGCAGAUUUGGGUGUCAUCUGCAAAGGAAGACAUGGUGCUGUGGCUGACAUCCUUGUCUAUGUCAGAUAUGAGGAUGAGAAACAAGAUGGGAGCGAGUACUGUGCCUUGUGGAACAGAGCUUUUCACCGUAGCCACCUCAGACUUUAUUCUUUUGACUACUACUCUUUGUGUUCUGUUUGUGAGGAAAUUAUAGAUCCAUCUACCAACUUUUCCUGUUAUUCCUUUAGCACACAUUUUCUGCGCUAUUACACCAUGGUCACACUUGUCGAAGGCUUUUGCAAAGUCUGUAUAUAUUACAUCUGCAUUCUUUUUGUCUUCUAGUGCAUCAUGUCUUAAUGUAGGGUGAGAGGAGAGUAGUAUUUAUUUGUAGGAAGUCAGUUGUAGGUAGCUGGUAGGAACAGUGGAAGUCCCUUGAUUUCUACCCCCUGUAAUGUAGGCAAGAAGAUAUACGAUAAUAUACACCUGGAAAAAUCCUAGAGGGACUAGUCCCAAAUCUGCACACGAAAAUCACUCCUUACAAAAACAAAAGACUAGGCAGGAGAUGCAGCAUCCCCCCAAUGAAAAGCCAAGAGUAUGCUAAGAGACAACACAGUAAGUGUCAGGGGCCCAAAACUGUUCAUCUGCCUCCAAGCAUACAUAAGGAGGAUUACAAAUAGACAAAUAGACCCUAGCUGUCUUCAAGACGGCACUGGACAGACACCUAAAGUUAGUACGUACCUGAUCAGCCAGGCUGUGGCUUGUAUGUCAGUUUAUUUAUGACCAGGAAUAAUAGUCUGAUUGAUCAGGCCCUGAGCCACCAUGAGGCCUGGUCAGACUGGGCUGCAGGGGCUUUUACCCCCGAAAACACCCUCCAGGCAUACUCCAAGUAUGUGGGGGGGGGGGCAUCCUUGAUACCGAAGCAUCUUGUUCACCAUAAAAUACGGUACAUCCCAGAGCCUAGGUCUCAGCACACGCAUCCCAGAGCCCAGGUCUCAGCGCACACAUCCCAGAGCCCAGGUCUCAGCACACAUCCCAGAGCCCAGGUCUCAGCACACACAUCCCAGAGCCCAGGUCUCAGCAUGCAUCCCAGAGCCCAGGUCUCAGCACACACAUCACAGACCCCAGGUCUCAGCACACGCAUCCCAGAUUAUUAUUAUUAUAAUCAGAGAAAGCACUAAACCGACAAGGGUCAUACAGUGCUGCAGAGCAGUGUGUAGUGUGGAGGUUAUAAUCAGGUAAGUGGAGAGGGGAUCAGAGGUGAGGGAAGAAAAGGGAUGGAAGAGACGCUAAGUGCUGUGUCAGAGUUUGUAUAAUAAGGCAGUUGCUGACACAUACCAGAGCUCAGGUCUCAGGACAUAUGUUGUAACACAUAAGUGAGCCAGCUUCAAGUAAAGAACAUUGCUUAUGAGCACAGAUUUAUCACAUUUUUGCAAUUAUGAGGAACAGUAUAGUAUCGCCUUUUUUUUUUUUUUUUUUUUUAACAAAUGAGGUAUUUACAAAAAUAUUGCGCUGUAUAGCCCUUGUGGCUUAGUGCUUCUUUUUUAUUAUAAUAAUAAUAACAAUAAUACAAAAAUAUUAUAUCCAGCAAAUUUAUAUUAUAUUAGUUGCAUGGUUAAUAUAUAGGUAAUAUAUUACCUCCGAAACACUGGUGGCAUUUCUAAAGCAGACAUUACUAGUGUGAUGUGGUUUGGUAGACAGGUAUGGAGCAGAGUCGUAGAAUUUUUGAUAUUGUACAUCAUAUACUGUAAUUAAAAUACAGUAGUGUCUGAUGUGAAAAGGUCUGACAUUGACACUUUUUAACUGAAGAUGUUUUACUUUAUUAUAAAAAAUAUUUUAAUGUUAUGCAAGAUUUUGUCAGCCUGCAUGACUACACUUCAGACCACAAGAUCACCACCUCAUAAAAUGAUAAAUGUAUUGUACUAAAAUACUUCAGUGUUUAUAGAAUUAAAUACCUUAUGUUUUAUAUUUUUAUCAAUGAAAAUGCACAUCCUAGUUUUAAUCUUCAAACAACUGUGUUUUCCCUAACUGCCAUUUUUUAAAUAAAGUUUAAUAUUUAUAGACA